AUGUCUGGAAAUUCAAGAAGCCUCAACUUCACCUCCAGUGACUUGGGCAGGGACGUCAACCUGCUGCUCAUGUUCGAACCACCAAAGAAUGGCACUUUAUACAAGGACUUGUUCCCUGUCUGCUGGAAGGUUCUCAAAUUCACCCCUAGUGGAAUCAGUGCAGCUAGAGUUGAGUACACCGCGGACAGCGGGCUCUUGGUUCCCCAGAGGGACACCGGGAACCUUGUUGCCGCCUCCAACGCACAACGAUGCCAGACUGGCCAAAUGUGUGUCAUGGAGACCAACGACGAAGGCGAUAACUUCCUCAAUCCCGCUGUUGCUGGAGAUCCCGGUGUUAUACUUUGCGAAUUUAAGACUCAUCGCCCGUCUGAGGUUGCCUUUGGACUCUUUAACAAGGCAGGGAACAAAAUUGAACCCGUCAUGAAAUGGGAUGGAGUCGGUGUGGGAAGCACCCUUGCCGUACAGCUCACCCCUAAAUUGAGGAUCUACGGCAUGACAGAUUAUCAAGAAACCGAGCUUGUGCGAGGAGAAAUCCGCUCACCUCUUCUCUUCGAAGAGAAUCUCAUCGCUCUUCCAAACUUUACCGAAUGGAUUGUGUCUAUUGACCCAGCGAGCAACGCAAUCAAGAUUAACCGUUCAUAA